AUGGAAGGCCAGGGCGGUCCCGCCCCGAAAAAGCGCGCCGCCUUCUCCCACGCGGCCGUUCCCGGCGUCGCCUCUACGGUCCCCGGAGGCACAGUGGAUCGCUUGAUCCGCCUCCCCGACCGCGUCCUCCUCUGCAUCCUCCUCAAGGUCGGCACCAAACAAGCCGUCAAGAUGGGCGGCGUCUCCCGGCAAUGGCGCCGCGUAUGGACCCGCCUCCCCGUCCUCGAAUUCGACGGCGUCGACUCCUCCGUUCCUGCCCGUGCCCUCGCCGCCUACCAGGCCCACGGGGAGGACGACAUCCACAGCCUCACCGUCUCCCCCAACCAGGUCGACGGGAACCAAACCACCGCCUGGCUGUCCCUCGCCGCGCCCCUCCUCUCCGGUCGGCUCCGCUCCAACAACAGACGUACCUUGACGCGGGAGACACUGCAGAUGUUUCUGGCCGCGGAGGCGGGGCAUGUAGGGAUAAGAGAAGCUUUCGAGUUGCCCUGCUUCAAGAAAGCCACCGAGAUUCUGAUGGACCUCGGGUUUCUUGCCCUGAAGCUGCCACUGGUCGGCGUCUUCGAUGCGCUCAGGGUGAUGUGGCUGGAGCACUUCUGGCAGCGACGCGAAUUCAGCAUCACCGGCACCAUGUUUCCGUCAUUGCAAGAGCUAACCAUCCGCAUGGUCCGUGGGUUGACUGUACUGACGCUCGAUUCCAAGUCCCUCAUGUACAUUCGUCUGUCGUUCCUUCUUGAGCUUCGGCAGCUCCACAUCCUGGCUCCAGGGCUCGACACGUUAGAGGUGACGCUCUGCUUCUAUGAUGAGCCGGAACCAUUCGCCACCAUUGCCGCGGAAAGAUUGAAGGUGCUCAGGUGGGAAGUGCCUUGUGUUCCAGAGCUCAGAAAGAUUCCGCACCUCCUCGUGCUCGGAGCCCCUCCUGUUACCACAUUUUGGUCGGAAGAUAUCUACGCAGAAUUUCUCGACCGCUUUCCAGCAGCCAACCAUCUCGAGCUUCAGAUACGUCCUGGUAACUGCAUUGUGAUGACAUAAUAACAUCAGAUUGCAAUAUGAUGUUUGCUGACAAAUGACAAAUGAUUAGCAUGGAAGUGGCACACGCAUAAUUGGAGCAACAAAGCACAAGUAGGAGUUCAGAGGCAGCACUGUUGGCGCUGUAGGAUAUAAUUCCAGUGGUUUUUAGUUUGAGUCAUUUGUAUAUGUGCAAACAUCCUUCAAGAGCAGAAUUGUUGGUUUUGGAUAUGCUACCUGUGGUUUUAACUUCUGAGUAGGAUAUUCUGCUGCUGGUUUUGUAGUUUUGUAUAUAUGUGCAAGGAUUGUUAUAAAGUUAAGUAAGGCUACAGUUUUCCAAUCUGCCCCAGAGAGUGUAAAUUCGCUGUAGAUCAGGAAAAGGAACCUGGACAACAAUUGAGAAAUCUAUAUCCCAUUAGUUUCCGAGGCUCUCCGAUGAGGAAUUCAUUCAAACAUUCAGUUCGCUGUCACUUUGUAUGUGCUAGUAUACUUGGGAUGCUACACAUUUUAGAUAUGACUAUUUAUGAGUCUGUCUGAGUUCUCAAGACCGGAAAGAACAUCUUUACUUUCAAGCUACUUCAUAAUCUCUUCGAUGGAGUUCAUAUGGUGUAUUGGCGAACUUAUGAAACUACUUCCUUUGUGUUUCUGGAUGUCGACUGUGCAAACAUGUCUGUCAAGCUGCAGGAGAAUGGGUCGCUGCUCUCGGUGGAAAACAUAACCAUCCCUUCUCUGAAUACAUUAUCGUUAUACUUAGAAACAAAUGGUCAUUAUUUUGAAGGACAAGUAUUGCAGUUGCUCGCAAAGUGUUCUGGUAUAAGAGAGCUGAAUCUAUCAUUCAAAUCUCGAAAGCAUCUGUUCAAAUUAUGGGUGCAAGAAUCCUGUUUACCGGGCUGCAUAUGCCACAAAGAUCCAGGACUAUGGGAAGAUGAGGUCGUUAAAUCAAGGGAUCUACAAAAAGUGGAAAUCUUCAAUUUUCACGGGACUGUAGGUGAAGUUUAUCUUGUGGAACAACUAGCGGUAAGGGCACCAGGGCUUCAAAUAUUGAGAAUAAACUCAAUGGUUGAGGAUGAUGCCUCAUUUGACGACAUUGAAGGACUGUGCCCUUCGGGUUGUAAGUUUUAGACUGUAUAUACGGGAUAGAAGCAAAAAGGGAAUAGACGAUAGGACCUCUGACUUGCUGUUAGAACUCU